AGCCCUACAUGAAUAUCAAAAACUAGUCUGCAGAGUGGCAACUCUAGGAAGCAAGCCUUCUUUCUUUCUUUUCUCUACUUUGCAACCGCGUGGUUAUCAAUUUAGAAAAUGACCAAUUCGAAGGGCUAUCGACGCGGCACCAGGGAUAUGUUCUCCCGUCCUUUUCGGAAGCAUGGUGUCAUCCCGUUAUCCACAUAUAUGCGUGUCUUUAAGAUUGGCGACAUCGUAGACAUCAAGGGCCAUGGUGCUGUUCAGAAGGGUUUGCCCUAUAAGGCUUAUCACGGCAAGACCGGUCGCAUUUUCAAUGUGACACAGCAUGCAGUUGGUGUCAUUGUAAACAAACGUGUGCGUGGAAAGAUACUUGCAAAGCGUGUCAAUGUGCGCAUAGAGCACAUCCACCAUUCCAAGUGUCGAGAGGAUUUUCUGCGUCGCGUAAAGGAGAACGAGCGGCUAUUAAAGGUGGCCAAGGGCAAGGCUGAAUGGGUCUGCCUAAAGCGUCAGCCGGAACAGCCGAAAAAGGCUCAUUUCGUUAAGAAAAUAGAGGAACCGAUUGCUCUGGCUCCAAUUCCAUACGAAUUCAUUGCCUAAUGGAGCUUGUUGCUUUGAAAAUGUCUUGAUGGUGGAUCAGCUGUAAAUGAAAUAUUUUCCUUUAAUGAUUGCUGUAAAGAAUUCAUUGCGACCUUAUUGUCUUAUGUCUGGAUUUCGGGAGUAAUUAAAGCCUUUUUAAGUGCA